CGGUAUUUAUGUUAACGAUUGGAAACGAGCUCGAGUAACUCCUAUCUUGAAAUCUGAAGAUAAAAAUAAAUGUGAAAAUUAUAGACCCAUUUCUAUUUUGUCAAUUGUAAGUAAAGUCUUUGAAAAAAAAGUGUUUAGGCAAGUGUAUACGUACGUGAAUGAAAGUAAUCUUCUCUCAAAGUAUCAAUCUGGCUUCGGCCACAACACUCAACCUUAUCAGCCCUCAUUAAAAUAUGUGACAAAAUCUUAAAUAACAUGGACGAGAGGAAAAUAAACUGUAUAUAUAUUACUCUGGUUUGAAUCAUACCUAACGAAUAGGGAACAACAAUGCGUAGCUAAUGGAUACUAUCCUCCGUUGGAAAAUUAAAAUGUGGGGUUCCCCAGGGGUCGAUCCUAGGGCCGUUGUUAUUUUUGCUCUACAUCAAUGACCUACCACAAUGUCUACAAAAAACCACGCCGGGUCUUUAUGCUGGGCCCCAGUGCGCCCUGCUUUAUAAUCUUACUCUGUCAAGGCGAGAGCGCGGCGCUCAAUGGGUUAAUUAAUUUUUCAAAUAAUUUUAUAUUCUGGUUUAUUCCGAUAUAGAAAAAGCCAAAGAUUGCUCUCAACUUUAAUCUUGAUGAAAGCACGGACAAAGAAAAAUAUCCUGAUAGGUAAUGAGUUUUAAUAUUUAAAUGUGAUUUAUUAAACCCUACACAUACACAACUGACCGUUUAUAUUGUUUUUGCAGUGAGGAAGAGAAAAUCCCACAGUAUAAAUAUAGAGAAGUUGUGAGAGGCAAGGAUAAACGGGCAAAGUUGAACGGAUAUUUCUGUGCUGAUUGUGAGAAGGUAAUAAUACAUCUCCUAUUGCUAAAUAUCAAUCGAUGUUGGAUGCCAUGCAGAAUUCAAAAUAAAUUAAAGUAAUUAAGUGUUUCGCAUGGUGCGAUAAAUCGCGUACUUAUACGUACCAGAGGUAUGCCAAUAUUAGGGCCUGGUACUUCUUUGUGUACUUACGUAUCAGAGUGUACAUACCUUGAGUCUUAAAUUUGUACAGAUCAAGUACGAGAGUAAUUAGAGUACCAGUCAGGUACGACUAAAAAUCUCGAAGUUUUGAUCGAUUACGGAAAACUGUAGCUACCAUUAUAUUUUAUGCAGUGUCAGACUAAUAAAAAAUGAAAAUUUUUUCAACAGAGACUGCUAUUUAAGGCGAAGGAGUGUAUAAGUUUAAGAUUGAAAACAAUCCAUGGAAGCGACUUGACUAUACUUAGCUAAAUUUUUAAUUAAGUUGAAAAAUAUACUGUGAAAUAUGAUAAAUAUGGAAAUACGAUUUCCAAAAGUGACAAAAAAUUUUUCUAAAAAUGUAUCUAUUUUUUGGUGCUCUGGCCAUUCCAGACUUCUAAUAUUGAAAAUUUUAGAGCAGGACCUGUCGAAUUUCGCUAGCUACGCCACCGGAAGCGAAGUCAUAGCCCUUGGAAAUGUGUGAAAAAACCGGCACCAAAAUUUUGCUAAAUUGGCAGUCGGUAUUUUUAAGAUUUAAUUUCUCAAUUAGAUGCACGGUAUUAUACUUUAUACUUUGUAAAACAGAUAAUUUUGAAGUAUUCUAUCAGGCGGCAGUGGUUACCAGUUGGUUGAAAUUAAUUGUGGGAGAAAAAAGAUUGACAAUCUCUGAGUUCUGGCAAUCCGUCAUACCAUUGGCAAAUAUUAUAUCUUCAUACCGUAUAACAAAGCGACGAAAUCCAAGAGCAUUGAUUUCAUACUUAACACACAACUAACAAACAAAAAACAAAAAAGAAUUUAUUCGUUCUUAAUUAUUUUCAAUUAUUUAUAACCGAAUUUCAUUCCAUAACGAUUAAAGGACAAUGACAAUAUAAGAUUUCUAUUGUCUCGUUUGAAAGAAGGUAAAAAUUAUCUCUAAAAUCUUCUAACAGAUUUGACUCUUGAAAUAUUUCGACAGAAAAAAAAACAAUCAGCUGUCCGCCAUCUUGGAUUAAUUCUUCAUCUCAUUAACUAUCAUCAUGAGUGGGGUUGGUCUUAUAAAAUAACUCCCAGGUUACUCAGUAAGUUCAAACAUUUGUGUUUCUUUCCAUUUCAGUAUUUUGGCAGUCUAAAAUUGAGCGAAGCAGAAAUACAGGAACGUCUGAAGGCAUGCUCAAGGCAUCGCGCCCGAUUCUCCCCUCCGCCCAGCACACCCGAACAUUUCUGGCAGGUUGAUUUUAUGAACACGAAUGAAUAUAUCGAGAAAGGUUAUAUGAGAACUGAAUCUGAAUUACCGCGCGAGAAAAGGAAACUUAAAAGUCGAAGGUACAAAUUAGGAAAGCAACAGAAAUCAUAAAUUAAGCUGGAUGAAUGUCUAAUGUUAAUUUAAAAAA